AUGGCAAAGCUACACAAUUAUUAUGUAUUAUGUCCUUUAAUAGAUCAGAAAAGCUUUCUAGGCGUCGCCGAAGAUAAGGAGAACGAACAUGUUAUUGUAACUUUAGGACGCAAUGUUGUUCAUAAAUAUCAACUUUCUGAUCAAAAGCAAGUUGGUGGUUGGACGUCCAAGGAUCACAUAACGUCAGCUGUGAUAUAUGACAAAGAGCAGGAAAGUUAUGUUUGCGUUUUCAAUAAAAAUACUAUUAAAACAUGGAAAGAAGAUUCUGACAAUUUGGAUAAAGUAAAGAAAUACAAGUUCCCCAUAAAUAUUUUGAAAGUAAUGCCACGGGACAAUCAAUCAGCCCUGGUGAUAUUCAGUAACGGCAACUGUGCAUCCUUACCAUAUGCUCUUGACAACCGAAGGACGUACGAAAAUAAAUCAUUAAUAAAAGAUACGGACACAAUUGUUGAAUCUGCUUGCUACACUAUAAACAAAACGGACCACAUAUGUCAUAUUGUAAAGAAUAUUAAGGAUGAAUAUGAGAUUCUGAACUGUGCACUAAGAGAUGAGUUGGGUGAUUUGGAGCGAUCAAAACUUACUAAAACUAAAAUUGUAAGGCCCGAUGAUGUUUAUGUUGUUGGCAAGUUUAUUUGUACGGAGGGAAAAAAUGCUGUUUAUGUUUUAUGGAGUGAUGGAAAAAUGACGGUAUACAACUUCAAAGACUGGAAGACUGUAGGCACUGUACCAUGGAUAUCAACCCAUUCCAGUGUGUCACUUGCCUGGAUGGGCAAAGACCAUCUUAUAUUAUUUGGAAGCAACACAGAACAAGAUGGGGCUAUUAUUGUAGCCUAUAACAUAGUCCUGGGAGUUGGAUCUUGCAGAUACCCCAUGAAAAUGUAUUCGGAAGAUGCAAAAUUAUAUUGCUUCUACGGACGAAUCAUUCUUGAGGCUUCCAAUCAUGUAGGCAUGCUGCCAUAUGUAUUACAGACAAAGAGAAAUCUGUCAAGUCUUCUCGGGUCACAUGAGGUCAUCCAAGAUGAGUGUAUGGAAAUUGCAGACUGGGAUUCACCAACUGAAUUGCAAUUUAAAGUUAAUAAUGAAAUCAAAGAUCUCUUGAAAUUAGGAGUCACCGAAAGAAGUAUGUGCAGCAAUGUUAUACCGCCUUUAUUAGAAAAAGGUGACUUCAGAGCUGUUUAUCAAAUGAUCAAGCAAUUUAAUGACAUCCCAGAAUCAGUUCUAGUAGCGUUACUUAGUUAUUGUAUCAAACUAGUAAAUCCAAGCAAAAUAGACAUCAGUAAUGCAGAUGAGAUACUGAAAUUACUUUCAAGUGAAAAUAAAACCAAGAAAGAACAGAUUGUUCACAAGGCUAAGUUUGAACUAUUUAAUUAUACCCUGCAGAUAUCAUUCAGUGAUGCUCUAAUUAUCCCACAUUUGAGAAAUAAUGUGAGCUUAGACGACACACUUUUUUUAUUAACGUACAUAACACAUAUUUUGGUUAACUCGGAGAAAACUAUGGAUGUAGACUAUGAAAGUAAAUUAUUUGACUGGUGCAUAUUACUCAUGGAUGCAUUCCACCAGCAGUAUCUCAUGACAAAAGAUGAUAAGGUGACAUUCGUUUUACAAAACACAUUGAAUACGGUUCUGAAUCUUAUAAAUCAGUUGAACAAUGUUAGUGAUUUAUUGCCAUUAAUAAAUAAAUUACUAUCUGGUGAGGUUAUUGAAAGUGAUGAGGAUUCUAUGACAUAUACUAUUGAAUUAAUGCAAAUAUAA